AUAUCAUACUCCAGCACCCAGUUUAAGCUCUGCACUCUAGCUUGCCACUAGUUUACAACGGGAGAUACGCUAAAGUGGCUCGCUAACUCCGCUGCGCCAAACCUAAUCCAACGUCGUCGUCAUUAUGAAAAUAGUUGCCAUGGCAUAGCAACGUCCAACCUCCAGCCUCCAUUUCCUCUUACUAUACAGCAGCCUAUACCACAAACUCCUAUCGCGAACAACCACAACCAACCCAUACUGUACGACCACAUCCUGCACGGCAUUGCACGGCAUUGCACACAAACACCAGCCCACCUACACACGCUGUGUCACAUAGCCACAGCUGCACCGAUGCCCCAUCACCACCACCCAACCGCUACAAUGUCCCCCCCGCCGCCAACCUCCGAAACAACGCCUCUUCUCCCCUCCAACUCGGCGCCCGAGCCUGCCCCCCGCGAGACGCGCUCUGUGACCUUCAACCCGACACCCUCUGUGGCCACCAUCCCGCCCACGCCCAUGCCCAUGCUCUCGGCGCUGAACCACCGCCUCCGGCGGCGCAACAGCUCUGGCGCGCCCGCUGGCUACAGCCCCUCGCCGCUGGGCCCCAAUCCCAUCCCUGCAUCCAAGAUCGGCCCGCAGCGCACAUCGAAAACAGCACAGAAGCUGAAGCUGCUGCCCAAUCCCGACUUUGGCGAGGAAGGCCCCGAUGAGGAGAGCGGGCGUGAUGUGUACUCGCAGUACACGCGGAUUAAGGACCCAACGGCGCGGCGAGAUGCAGCACGGCUAGGGAAGGCGGACCGGGAGCGGCUGCCGCGUGUUACGGCGUAUUGUACAGCGAACCGAUACCGGAUGGAUAGGUUAAUGCAAUUUCUCAAAGGCCGCGGGAAGGGAAGAGGUGCGGCGCCAAGGCUGUUUGAUGAGUGUAUCUACACACCAUAUAAUUACGGGAAGGGCGGGGUAGGUGGGAAGACAGUGCGGUCUGCACCAGUGAGGGAGGCACCUGCUGAGACGAUGGAGCGACGCUAUUCGGAUUCCGUGGUCGAAGUCGAGGGGCGGCAAGAGGACCUCAUCUCCCUCGCAGCCGCAGACGAGGAUGUCCCUGAUGCACUGCUCCCGCCACCCGCUGCGCCGCAUGUGAUAGAAGAGGAGGAUACACCCGACUUCGAUACGACAGUCCAUGUCCCCGAAAUUUUUAUAUUCGCGUACGGUGUAGUUGUGAUCUGGGGCAUGAGCGUAGCGCAUGAGCAACGGUUUUUGGGAGAGCUGGCACGGUUUGAGGAGGAGAAGUUGGGGCGCGAUGACAUAGAGGCAGAGUGCUUCAAUUUUUACUAUACGCAGGAGUACCAGGCGCGGGUGUACAAUGACUUCAUUACGCUGAGGGAGAAGACGAAUUACAUGGUUAAGCUGGCAAUUAGCCACGCGCUUGCGCAGAGUGUUAAGACAUCCCUCUUUGAGGAGCUUGUCGACAAUACCAUCACAACUUGCCAGGACAUCCCCGCAAGCAUCGCGCGUACCGGCACAAUCGCGCUCUCGCGAAAAGAGAUCAACAUGCAGAUUGGCGAGCUGUUCAUCCUGCGGAUUAGCAUCCACCUCAACGGCUCUGUACUAGAUACGCCAGAACUUUUCUGGGUAGAGCCGCAGCUAGAGCCAGUGUAUCAGGCAGUGCGAAGCUAUCUUGAGAUGGACCAGCGGGUACAGCUGCUAACGGAGCGGCUCGACGUCAUUGCAGAUCUGCUGGCAGUGUUGAAGGAGCAGCUGACCUCUGGGCAUGGGGAAAUGCUAGAGUGGAUUGUGAUUGUGCUUAUUGCGGCAGAAAUUGCAGUAGCGUUAGUAAAUAUCUUUGUCGAUUUACAGGCAGGCGUUGAUUAGAUGGUUCAUGAGGGCGUUUUAUAGACAAGGCUUGUUUGGUAAAGGCGUAUUUUUUUAGGUUAUGGACAGGUUUCAUGUUAUAUCUAUAUCUCACUGCGUCAUAAGUUAGUUAUGUUCCACCAACUAUUCUAGUUAACCUGCUAAGUUAAUUAC